UAAUCUUAAGAUCAUUACGGCUAAAAUGAAUAACGUAUCUAUCGGUCUUCUAGACUUCGCAGAAAAUGGCAGCCAUCAAAAUAUUACUAUGCCUCUCGACUGCGAUGCCAAUAUGCCAAUCAUCUCUCUCCUCCAUCAAAUUUUAUAUUCAAUUAUCUGUAUCGUCGGACUGCUUGGUAAUACUCUCGUCAUAUACGUAGUGCUACGGUUUUCCAAGAUGAAAACUGUCACUAAUACAUAUAUAGUUAAUUUGGCAAUAGCCGACGAGUGUUUCCUUGUGGGUAUACCAUUUUUAGUAACAACCAUGAGUCUCGGUGUCUGGACUUUCGGUAAAUUCAUGUGUAAGGCAUACAUGACGACAACCAGUAUUAACCAAUUUACUAGCAGUAUAUUUCUCUUCAUUAUGAGCGCCGAUCGAUACAUCGCCGUGUGCCAUCCAAUCUCCUCCCCAAAACUACGUACUCCGUUCAUCUCGAAGAUAAUUUCGCUGACUGCUUGGAUCACCAGUGCCAUUUUCAUGAUCCCCGUAUUUCUUUAUGCAAAUACAAUGGAAACUCAAGAUGGCCAAAUGAGCUGCAACAUAUACUGGCCAGAUGAUCAUGGUGGACAGACCACCUUCACAUUAUACAGUUUUAUCCUCGGCUUCGCGAUACCUUUGACGCUCAUAUUUAUUUUUUACUUUUUAGUUAUCAGAAAGCUACAGACUGUUGGCCCAAAGAAUAAAUCCAAGGAAAAGAAGCGAUCGCAUCGCAAAGUAACAAGAUUGGUUCUGACUGUAAUAACGGUCUACAUAAUCUGCUGGUUUCCUUACUGGCUCACUCAAAUGGCACUCAUCUACACGGAACCAAAUCAGUGCCAGUCGCGCAUCACUAUCACAACCUUCUUAUUAGCUGGCUUUCUCAGUUACUCCAACAGUGCAAUGAAUCCGAUUCUUUACGCCUUCCUCAGCGAUAAUUUCAAGAAAAGCUUUCUAAAAGCCUGCACUUGCGCGGCGGGCAACGAUGUCAAUGCGACACUUCAUAUAGAAAACAGCGUCUUUCCACGUCGGAAUAAAGCCCACGCUGAACGCAUUCAAGCCAAUAAAUUAACAUCUGGAAAUUCGAAGAAUGAUGGCGAAGAUGAGGAGAACGAGCGCGGUCUCCUUAUUAGCAAAACGUCGACAACGACCGUAACGAUGACUUCGCGAUCGAAUAUCACCGUUACUAGCGAAGUCCGAGAUCCGCUAAAUCAGCAAAAGGAAAAAGAUACACUGAAGAACGGUACGCAAUGUACAUUGUUAACACAAGUAUAAACAGAUUUUUUUGGAA